CGGCCGGCCUUGUCCAUUUCUAAUGGUUCAGCAACCACUAUAAAACUGGAUCGACCCAGACAUCUAAGCACGAGCUGCACCAGUUGCUGCUGCAUGCACGAACUGACCUGGUGAUCAUCCGACCGACUAUGCUCCCUUACGCGACGGCGGCCGAGGCGGAGGCGGCGCUGGGGCGCGUCAUGACACGGGCAGAGUCCGCCUGGUUCCGCUACUCGGCAGCCGUUCCAGACCACCUCCUCUUCUGCCACACCGUGGCCAUCCUCCUCCUCGUCUACACUCUCGCCGCCCUCCCCCUCUCACUGCUCGAGCUCACCACAUCCACACCGACAUACAAACUUCAGCCCCGGACACGCCCCACGCCGUCCAUCCUCAUCCGGUCCUACCUCCACAGCGCCCGCGCUCUGCUGCUCUCGGGCGGCGUCCUGAGCCUCUUCUCCUACCCGACCGUGAAGCUCCUGAGGAUCCGGGCGGGGCUGCCGCUGCCGUCGGCGGGGGAACUCGCGGCGCAGCUGGCGGUGUACCAGCUGGUGAACGACUACGCGGGCUACUGGUUCCACCGGCUGCUGCACACGCCGUGGGCUUACCAGCACGUGCACCGCGUCCACCACCGGUUCAACGCGCCCUUCGCGCUCGCCGCGCCCUACGCGCACUGGACCGACGUGCUCUUCCUCGGCGUCGCCGCCAUGGCCGGCCCCGCACUCGUGCCCUGCCAUAUGAUUACCCUCUGGCUCUGGUUCCUCGUUUUCCAGCUAGUCCUCGUCGAAACUCACUGCGGGUUCGACUUCCCGUUCAACCCGACGAAGCUGAUCCCGUUCUACGGAGGGGCGGAACACCAUGACUACCAUCACCUCGUGGGAGAAAAGAGUCGGAGCAACUUCGCUCCGGUUUUUACAUACUGCGACUAUCUGUACGGGACGGAUAAAGGCUACAAGUACCAUAAGGCAAGCCAAGCAAAGCUGACGAAGGAGAAGUCAGAAAACAAUGUCGAGAAAGGACGUAGCAGCAGCAAAAUCAACAGCGGGAAACAAAAGUAGAUCCUCCCUCAAGAAUUAGAAGCUCACUUACAAUAAUGUGUGUAGCCGUGCAUCUCAUUUCCCAAUUGCUUGUGACUACACAUUGCUGUCUCUAAAUUUGGUA